AUGUCCCAGACUUUCAAGGCCAGCGACGUUGCGUCGCAUAACAAGCCGGACUCGUUGUACAUUAUUGUUGACGAGGACGUCUACGAUGUCACCAAGUUCCAAGAUGAGCACCCUGGCGGCAAAAAGAUCCUGCAAAAAGUCGGCGGCAAAGAUGCCUCCAAGCAGUUCUGGAAGUACCACAACGAGGCUAUCCUAAAGAAGUACAAGUCUUCGCUGCAGGUCGGCUCGCUCGACACGAAAAAGAAGGUUGAGGAACCUGCCAAGCCAGAUCCCGCUGUUGCAGCACCCAAAGCUACACCCGCCGCAUCCAAGGCUGUUGCAAAUGCCAACCAGGAAGAAACCGAGGCCCUGGAACCUUAUGGCGACCAGAUCCCCUUUGCAGACCCCAGCUGGUACCAAAACUAUCACUCUCCCUACUUCAACGAGUCGCACGCUGCCCUGCGAGCCGAGAUCCGCGAAUGGAUCGAGACCGCCAUCGAGCCCAAUGUCACAGAAUGGGACGAGAAGAAGGAGGUGCCACGGGAGAUCUUCCUCGAGAUGGGUCGCCGUGGCUACCUUGCCGGUCUUCUGGGCGUGCACUACCCCGUCGAGUACACCAAGAACUCGGUCAAGGCCGUGCCACCGGAGCAGUGGGAUCUCUUCCACGAGAUGAUUGUCACAGAUGAACUGUCCCGCGUAGGCAGCGGCGGUUUCGUCUGGAACAUGAUUGGUGGCUACGGCAUUGGUGGCCCGCCCUUGAUCAAGUUUGGCAAGAAGGCGCUCAAGGACCGCAUCAUGCCCGGCAUCCUUUCGGGUGAGAAGCGGAUAUGUCUUGCCAUUACCGAGCCCGACGCCGGCUCUGACGUUGCCAACUUGGGCUGCGAGGCCAAGCUCAGCGAGGACGGCAAGCACUACAUUGUCAAUGGCGAGAAGAAGUGGAUCACCAACGGUAUCUGGUGUGACUACUUCACCACGGCUGUGCGCACCUCGGACAAGGGCAUGAACGGCGUGACCCUGCUCCUCAUUGAGCGCGACUUUGGCGGUGUCAGCACGCGCCGCAUGGACUGCCAGGGUGUCUGGUCGUCGGGUACGACCUACAUCACCUUUGAGGACGUCAAGGUCCCCGUCGAGAACGUGCUCGGCAAGGAGAACCAGGGCUUCAAGGUCAUCAUGACCAACUUCAACCACGAGCGCAUGGGUAUCAUCAUCCAAUGCCUGCGCUUCAGCCGUGUCUGCUACGAGGAGUCGGUCAAGUACGCCAACAAGCGCCGCACCUUUGGCAAGAAGCUCAUUGACCACCCCGUCAUCCGCAUGAAGCUCGCCCACAUGGCCCGCCAGAUCGAGGCCUCGUACAACUGGCUCGAGAACCUCAUCUUCCAGUGCCAGAAGAUGGGCGAGACCGAGGCCAUGCUGCGCCUCGGUGGACCCAUUGCCGGCCUCAAGGCCCAAUCCACCCUCACCUUUGAAUUCUGCGCCCGUGAGGCCAGUCAAAUCUUUGGUGGUCUCUCGUACUCGAGAGGUGGCCAGGGCGGCAAGGUCGAGAGACUGUACCGUGAUGUGCGCGCUUACGCCAUCCCCGGCGGUAGCGAGGAGAUCAUGCUCGACCUCAGCAUGAGACAGAGCUUGAGGGUAGCCAAGAUGACGGGCAUGAAGUUGUAG